CUUCCUCUAUCUCUAAGUUCGUCCUAUCUCUCUCUAUUUCCUUCUUUGUAUGGUAAAUUAAUUAAGCCCAUAUAUAUAUAGAAGAGAUCACCAACGGUCAUUUUCAUUUCAUUUUAUUUUUUGACCGUCAACUAUGGAGCUGCAUUCUCCUACCUCAGCCAAAAAGCUAUGGAACAUCCUAAGGAUUGCUUUCUUCAUGAUGAGGAAAGGGCUCGUGGCGAAGCGAAAGCUGAUCCUCGACAUGAACCUCGUGAUGAAGAGGGGCAAGAUCCUUCGAAAAUCCAUAGGCAACCUCAUGUUCCAUUACAAUCAUGAUCACCACCAUCGAUCGAGGAACAGCCCCGCUUCGCUCGGUCACGGCUUCGGCCUACGCGAGUACGAGUUCUCGUGCACGAACAGCCCGAACCCGGUCUUCUUCCGCGCGAGUUCAAAGCGCAGGCAUAGCUACUUCUUCCCGUGCAUCACCGCGAGUUCCGCGGACGAGGCCGAUGAUUACAGAGCAUCGCCGGCCAUCGUGCUGCCGAGGAUUGAGUUCUCGCCGCAAUGUAGUACGUAUAAUUUGACCGAGCUUGCGCCCGGUCAUGACAGGAAUAUUACCCCGAUCCGUUCGCCUCUGUCCGUUAGGGUUUCGAACUUUUCCUUGGCGGAGGAGGGUGAUGGGUCGAGCUGUGAGGUGGACAGCCAAGCUGAGGAGUUCAUCAGGAAAUUCUAUCAGCAGCUGCAGGCUCAGGGGAGGAUAGCGAUGCUACAGUGCCAAGAGGAUGAAUAUCGAGAAUUAAUGCUCGCUAGCUAGAGGGAACUGAUAUAUAUAUUGAUUCUAUGUAAGUGCAUGCAUGUGCAUACGCAUGCGUAGAAAUUUGCAGUUAAUGGCAUCUUUGUGAAUCAAGAUUAAGAUGGAUUAUGCAUGUGAAGGUUUGAGAUAUUUUGAAUAA